AUGUCAAAGAAGCGUGUUGAUCCAAGAUUAAAGACACUUAUUGAAAAUGGAGUUAAAUUAGGAGAAAGGACAUUUGUUAUGAUUGUUGGGAGUAAAGGAGUUGAGCAAGUAAUGAACAUAUAUUAUAUGUAUACUAAAGCAGCUAACGUUGCUAAAGAUAGUGUGUUGUGGUGUUAUAAAAAAGAAUUGGCAUUUAGUUCAAAUCAAAAGAAAAGAUUAAAACAUAAAAUGCAUAAUAAAGGAGAAGCAGAGAAUGCAUUUGAAUUAUUUUUAUCAACAACAGAAAUUAAAUAUGUUUAUUAUAAAGAAUCCCAUAAAGUUCUUGGUAACACAUUUGGUAUGUUAGUUCUUCAAGACUUUGAAGCAAUGACUCCAAACAUUCUUUGUAGAACUGUUGAAACAGUUAGAGGAGGAGGAUUAGUUAUUGUUUUAUUAACUGGAAUGACUAGUAUUAAACAAUUAUAUAAUUUAAAUAUGGACAUUCAUAACAGAUAUCGUGGAGAAGAUACUAAAGAGAUUACUAGUAGAUUUAAUGAAAGAUUUGUAUUAUCACUUUCAGAUAAUAAAAAUUCAAUUGUUUUAUCUGAUGAAUUAGAUGUUGUUCCUGUAUUUGAGCAUACGUUAAGAAUAGAACCUGUUGAAAAGAAGGUUGAAAUUAAAGAAGAAUUAGAAAAUUUAAGACGUACUUAUGAAGAAGUUCAAUAUUUAAAUGAAAUUGUUAAAAUUACUACUACAGCCGAUCAAGCUAAAUGUGUUGUUAGUUUAUUUGAUUCUUUAAAAGAAAAAACAUUAAAUACAACAAUUAGUAUUACUGCUGGAAGAGGUCGUGGUAAAUCAGCUGCUUUAGGAUUAACCAUUGCAUGUUCAGUUGCAUUAGGAUAUUCUAAUAUAUUUGUAACUGCACCGUCCCCUGAAAAUGUUAAAACAGUCUUUGAAUUUGCUGUUAAAGGACUUGAAAUAUUUGGAAUGAAAGAACAUCUUGACUUUGAUGUUAUUCAGACAACUAAAAGUGAAUAUGGAAAAGCAGUUGUUAGAGUAAAUAUUCAUCAAAACCAUAGACAAACUAUUCAAUACAUUUUACCUAAUGACACUGCUCAAUUAUCACAAGCUGAAUUACUUGUUAUUGAUGAAGCUGCUGCUAUUCCAUUACCAUUAGUAAAGGGAUUACUUGGUAAUUAUAAUGUUAUGUUAUCAACUACAACCAAUGGAUAUGAAGGAACAGGUAGAUCAUUAAGUCUUAAAUUAAUUAAAGAGUUAAGGGAAGGAAUUUCUAAAUAUUCUAGUGGUAGACUCUUUAAAGAAUGUACAUUAAAUGAACCUAUUAGAUAUUCUUCUAAUGACCAAGUUGAAAAAUGGUUAAAUAAGUUAUUAUGUUUAGAUGCAUCAAAUACACUUAUGCACAUUACUUCUACACCAUCUCCAGAUGAAUGUGAGUUAUAUUAUGUUAACAGAGAUACUUUAUUUUCAUAUAACAGAGAUGCAGAGAAAUUUUUACAACAAUUACAAGGUUUAUUUGUAACUUCACAUUAUAAAAAUACACCAAAUGAUAUGCAAAUGUUAGCUGAUGCACCUAAUCAUAUGAUCUUUAUCUUAACUGGACCCGUUCAAAAUGGAGAAGAAUUACCAGAUAUUUUAGCUGCUGUACAACUAUCAUUAGAAGGUGGAAUAGCAAGAAAAAGAGUUUCUGAAAGUUGGUUUAGAGGAAAGAAAGAAGCUGGAGACCUUAUUCCAUGGACAUUAACUCAACAAUUUUUAGAUGAUGAAUUUGCUGGAUUAAUGGGGGCAAGAGUUGUUAGAAUUUGUACACACCCAGACGUUACAAGUAUGGGAUAUGGAAGUAAAAUACUUCAAAUGCUUGAAUUAUAUUUUACAGGAUGUAUUGUAUCAUUAGGAGAGAUGGAAGAAGAAUCAAAAGCAGAUAACGAUCAAAAACAAAUGGACACUGAUGAAGUUGAAGUAAGAAAAGAAUUACAACCAUUACUUAUAAACCCUGGAAAUAGAAAGGCUGAAAUGUUAGAUUACUUAGGUGUAGCUUUUGGUUAUACUCCACAAUUAUCUAAGUUUUGGACUGGUGCUGGAUACCAACCAACUUAUCUAAGAUUAACUGCAAAUGAUAUCACUGGAGAACAUUCAUGUAUUAUGGUUAAACAAUUAAGUAAAAAUAUGGGUAAUUGGGAAGAACAGUAUACUCAAGACUUUAAGAAACGAUUUUCUUUAUUACUUGGAUUUGAAUUUAAAAGCAUGAGUGCUGUUGAUGCUUUCAAACUUGUUCAAUGUAAAAACAAAGACAAUACUGUUUCAUUGAAUUUUGAUCAACGAGCAAUUAAAAGAUUAGAAUAUUAUUCAAAGAAUCUUAUUGAUUACCAUAUUGUUUUAGAUCUUCUUCCAAGUAUUGCCCAAGCAGUUUCUCAUGGAUUAGAUAUUCAACUCACUAUCACUCAACAAAUUAUUUUUGUUGGUAUGGGAUUACAGUAUAAGAGUGUUGAUGAAAUUGGUUCUGAACUUAAAUUAGCUAGUGCACAGGUUAUGGCUUUGUUCAAUAAAGCAAUUAGAAAGGUAGUAACUUUUUUAUCGGAGAAAAAGGAAAACACUAAUACAAAACAGUCAAUGGAAGAAGAGGUAAAAACAACAGAUGAAUUAAAAGAAAGUGAUAUUAGUGAAGAGAAGGAAGAAAAACAGUCUGACGUUGAUCCAAAUAUUAUUAGACAAAGAAAACUUAAAUUAAAAGAAUUAGGGAUAGAUGAUCCUGAAAUGUUCAAAAUUAAUAACACAACACAUGAAAUUAAAGAAAUUGAUACUUUAAAAGGAAGAAUUCCUACUACUCUUUCCAUUCAAAGAAAAGAAAAGGUAGAUAAACUACAAGUAAAAUAUCCUCAAAAACCAAAGUCUGGUAAACCUAAAAAAAAUUUUAAGAAAAUGGCUAAGAAAUAA